AAGGGAGAUGGUGAAGUAUUAAGAGAGAGAGGGAUGAAAUAGAGAGUAAGGUAGUGAGGGAAACAGAGGGAGAAACAUAGUGAGGGAGUGUGAUAGUGAAGGAAGGGGAUAGUUAGGGGAUAUCAUUUAGACAGGGAAUGAGGGAGAUGGUGAAAGAGAAAGUCCAAACAGGGAAUGAGGACGAGAGAGUAAGAUAAUGAAGAGAAGUGAGAGGGAGAGAUAUAAUGAGUGAGGGAGCAGUGUGAUUUAGAUAGGGAAUGAGGAAGAAAAUGUAAGAAGGAAGGAAAUAGAGAGAACAGUGAAGCUGAGACUACUGAGUGACCCAUUCCACUCUUUGGCCAAUAACCCUGGUUCAAGGCAAGCUUUGGUCAGGACAAGGGGUGGAGAUGGACAAUGCAGACUCUCUAUCUGUCAGGUGGGUGAAAGGUUACACACCACAGAAGGUGCUUUUUGUGAACAAUAACACAAUAUGUUACCCUUGUGGAAACUUUCUGAUCUUCAUGGACAUAAACACAAAGAAGGAGAAGGUGCUGCAAUGCGAGAAUGGGAGUAUUGGAGUUUUCACGACCAACAGUACCAAAAGUAUUGUUGCCUUUGCAGAGCAGCGGUUAAAGCCAUUCAUAAAUCUGUACAGCUUUCCUGAGCUGACCAAGACUUCUGUCCUCACGGAUGGGGCGGAGUUGGACUACAUGCUUCUGGAGUUCAGCUACUCGGGCUUCUAUUUUGCCAGCUUCUCCUCUCUCCCAGAAUUCAAUCUCACCAUCUGGAACUGGAAGGCAAACGUUCGUCUUUGUAGCGAGUCUAUUGUAGGCAUGCAGCCUACUGUUCUGAGUUUUAACCCAGUGAACCAGCUCCAACUGUGUCUGGCCAGUGAGGAGCGCCUGUUACUGUGGAAUAUUGAACGAUGUGAUGACUUUCACCUAUUAAAGCGCAUAGAUGUAAAGCUCCCUGCAGAAGAUGGAACUCCAGUAGUUUCAGAGGAUGUUGGGAUUGGUCCUGACAGCAGUGCUUUAACUUACUAUGGCCCAAAGAUGUUAAUAUCAGCCCAGGCAGGUCUUGUGGGAGACUUGGCAAAUACAUUUGUGCCAAGGGAACUAAAGAAAACUUUGGUUCAGCCCAUAUCUGUCUGCUGGACCCCAAUCUCUGAUUUGUACGUGGGCUGUAACACAGGACAACUUUUACUGGUAGAUGCUGAGUUACAUAGAGCUGUUGUAUUGGCUACUCCGUUUAAUGAACAGUUGUCCACAGGCAGUUUGAAAAAUAUGUCAUCCAAUCUUACUAUGAGUGUCUAUCCAGAGCUAAAGCCAUGUGCAGUGAAAACCCUCGCGCUCAACAAAAAGGGACUAUAUACAGCAGGAUUGGAUGGAAUUCUCUACUGUAUCAAGGUGACACCCCAUAAAGUGGAGAUUGAGGAAUGCUUUUCAGUAGGAAUGCCAAUUAGGAAUAUCGCAUUCUCAGUAGAUUUUGAAUCACUGCUUGUUGCUACAGAAACGGGUUCAAUGCAUAUUUACAAGCCAUCAGAGCCAGACAAGGUGACCACAGUCUUAGACAUACACAGUGGGGACUACGUAUCAGCAGCUCUGCUGGGGACAGGGAAACAAUACUGUGUGUCAGCAAGAAUAUUAGGUGCUGUGCAGGUGUGGUCAGUUGCAGAUGGGAAACUCAUCAGUACGCUUGUCCUUCCAGUAAAGAUUAAAGUUAUGGCGAGCUGUCCUUCCUCCAAUUAUGUUGCUCUGGGCACUGAAACUGGUCACAUCUAUUUCAUAAAUCUGGCAAAGGUGGAGACCCCUCACCUGGUUUACCAAAUCCAUCUCCACAAUAUAUCAAUACAAUGUCUAGAAUAUGACCACGGGGGUCAGUACCUUUUGGCUGGAUGCUCUGAUGGACAUAUGUUCAUUUUGAAUGCUAAACCCUCCAAGCAGUUUAAAGUCCUCGGAUAUACAGAGGUAAAAGAUGAAAUUAUGGGAUGUUCUCUUGCAUUUCACAUGUCAAAGAAAAUGGUGAAUUGCCUGAUAUUGGCAAGCCAGACUGGAGAUGACAAAUCACAUGGAGCCACUUGGCUGACUAGAUUUGAUCUUCUUGGAGAUCUCACAGCAUCUUCUACAUCUGUUGAUCACCGUGGAAUGAUGAAUGAUGUUGCUAUUCGGAAACAAACUUGUCAAGCCGAGUUGCCUUUGACCUCUGUAAUCCUGAACACCGACCUUCACGUCUAUGGGUACUGCACUUUGACAAGGACCAUCUAUAAAUACAAGAUCUCUAGGGGUUCGUCAAAUGAUUCAUUUAGCCUGAUCACUCAGGCUAAAGUUGAAGGUCACCAGCUAGGACCAGGAUUCCUCUAUCUCUCUGCAAAUCAACAGUACUUGGUAUCUGUGGCCAGGGAUGGAUACAUUCAGUUAAGAGAUGCCAACAACCUGCAGGGAACGCACCUUGAGACUCCAUGUCACUCAUAUCGGCUAGGAGGAGUCAAAUCAGUCACCUUGUCAUUGGACUGUCGAACUGUUCUUACCACUGGUGUCCACGAUGGUACCAUAGUGUGUAACACAGAAAGGGUUGACCCAGCAGGGUCAGAACGGAAUAAAGUAGUGCUGGAUUACAAUCGCUCAAUGAUUUCAAUGCUGGAUCAGAGCUGUGUGGCUGAGGACAAAGCCCUGGCAGUGUUGGAGCAGCAAAGAGAGGUCACAAAGGACAAGUUGGAUGUUGCAGAGAAUGUUUCCCAUCUCUCACGUGGAACUUCGACACUCUCUGCCAGCUCCUUUAGCAUCGCAAGUACCAGCAGCUCCAAGAGCUACCAACGGUUGGAUGACAGCAGAUUCCCAGAAUCAACCUGGCUGGAAACAAAGAUGGCAGAGGCAGUAGAGAAGGACAAUCGCAAGCAUGCAGAAGCCAAAGCUAAGCUGAAACAAGGAAUCAGAAAGCUUCGUGCAACAAUAAAGCGGAUGAUGCUUGAAAAUGAGAAUGUGCCUGAGAUUGAGCGAUUAGAGCACCACGAGUUUAACCUUGAUCUGAAGGAACAGAAGAGGCUGCACUCAGAGGGAGAGGAAAAAGUGGCCAAGGUUCGUGAGACGAUUGAGAUGGAAAACCUAGCCAGCCAAUACCUACGUGAAGUGAUUAAGAGAGAAUGCUGGGACAACAUGUCUGUGAAAGGGCGAACUCUGGAGGCUUUUUCUUCAGGAUUGGCAGUGACUAAUUACCCAAUGAGGGAGCGCAGCAGUGGUGAGCUGCAGCUUCUUAAGAAGGUCAUGCAGCAGAGAACAAUUGAAUUGAUUGACCUGAAGGUUCGAAAAGAUAUUGUUGAGACACCACCUAAGAAAGAAGAGAAGGAGGAUGAGGAGGCUGAGGAUGAAGAGUCAAAAGAGGAAGAGAGUACAGCAUUGAAAGGCAGCCUGACCAGCGAAUACGGUGUGGUAAAUCCUUACUUGCACAAACAGUUAGAGCUGCAUACAAAGGAUGAGAAGAUUAAUCAGAUCAUCCUGUUACAGGACGUAAUUUACAACAUAAAAACUGCUUUCAACAAGGAAUUUGAUGCAACCUACAAACAAAAAGAGGUGGAGAUGGCUCGAGUGAAAGACCGAACCAUGCGGAUCUUGGAAAUCAUGCAGCAACUAGACAUGGAUGAGGAGGUCUGGCUGCCCACAAUGAGCAACAAGGAGUUACCUGAGCGAGAGUUUGAAGUCCAGGAUUCUGAGAUUACAGCAGAGCGCUACCUCACCCCAGAGCAAAAACGUAAACUGGAGGAAGAGUAUAAGGCUGAACAGCUGCGGCUACUAGCUGCUAAGGCUGACAACUGGAGGGAGCGUGCACUGAAAGACAUGAUGGGAGGUGUCCUGGAAACCAAGAAAUCAGACAUUCUGAAAAUGGAAAUUCCUGUACCGUAUUUCAUGGACAAACCUGAAUUUGAAUGGACUGAGGAGCAGAUCAAACAAGCUAAAGAAUAUGCCAUCAAAGAGCAGGAAUUAAAUGAGGAGAAGGACAAAUAUCGGAAGACACUGGAGUCCGAGCUGAAGAAAUUGCAGAGUUCAGUUGCUGAAAGCAGAAGCAAUUUUGAUGACAUUAUGAACAAACUGUUUGAAAAAAAAGUGAGAACUGAAAUGAUCAUCUACCAGGAGGAACUGAAGAUUUGCAAUCUGGUCUUCUCAUUGAGGAUAGAGGAAGAAAUACAAAACAGGAAUGCUCAAAUCAAUUACAUACUUGAGGAGCAGAAGGAUUUCAUGGCAGUAAAGUCUCAGAUGACACAGAGCAUGAAAGUGAUGGUGGACCGAUUCCGAGAAAGCUACGAUGAUCUGGUGGCUGAGGACAGACUCCUAGAUCGUGGAUUCAGGAAGGAGUUCUCUGAUGUCUCUGCUACAAUGGUUGACCAACUUUAUAAAUUAUACAAACGCAGACCCAAGGUACAAUUGCAAAGGAUCCAAGUGGCAACAGCCAACCCUUUUGAGGACCAAUCGCAGUCAGUCGAUGACAGUCAUGCCAGUUUCCUGGCUGCCAUGUUGGAUUUAGAUUCACUUGAUUUCAAACCCGAGAACCUGGACCCAGCUGUGUGGAAUCGGUUCUGUGAAAGUAGGAGAAAAAAAAUAGAGAGUGAAAAUCAGGUGAGGUUCAAGGCUGUGACUCUGGCAGAGAUGCAGAUGUUUCUUCAAAGGAGGAUGGAGGAGGAUGAAAAUAAUGGGCAACAAAUCAACAAUUUGAUCCAGGAACUCAACAACAGUCUCCGUGAAAUCAAGUCACAAUUUCAGCUGAAUCUGAUGGUGCAACUUGUGUUGAAACAAGGCCAAGUGGAGGUGACGAGCAGUGACUUCAUUCCUGACUAUUCCAAUUCCAUUUUCCUACAUAAAGGCGUCGUGGAGGAUCUGAACAGCACCAUUCAGUUAUUAGGAGAAAAGAAGGUGGCCAGUAUGGUGGAAUGCAAAGACUUCAGGAAGAAAAUUGUUCAGGUGGAGUGGGAAUGCCAGAAGAUGUUGAUGCAAAUGGAUGACUUGCACAACAAGAUCCGAGACAUCCUGAAAUUUAAGAUCAGCAAACAAGCACAGAUGUAUCUAAGGGAGGCGAAUUAUGAUUCUCAAAUCAAUGCAAACAUUAUGGGAAUGGAACGCUCAGUUCAAGGUCAGGAGAAGUUCCAUAGCAAGGUUCUCAAAAAGAAACAGGAGGCCAUUAAAGAGCUGGAGAAGCAGAUUGCACAGCUGAAACGGGAGGUGAAAGUGAUGGAUCGGCAGUUGAAAGAACAACAUAUUUCUGUCAGCGAGAGGCAAAAUAUCCAGGAGAUGAUCACGCCAGUUGAAUCCGAACAAGAUACUCGCAAUCGUUUCAGGGACUUAAUGCAGCACAACCGUCUGAUGGAACUGAAUCGAUCCCAGGCCGAAGAUAUUGCUAUUCUGAGAAGUGAGUUGGAAAGACAACGUAUGAAGAGCUUUCCGAUCCUGGCUGAAACAGAGCAAUACUCCUACGCUUAA